AUGUUGUCAGGUGAUAUUUUGAUCCGCCAACCCUUGAGUGUGGCCUUGCUGCCGCCACCCUCAUUAAUAGAAUUUUGCAAAAUUAUGGCGGCACUUGCAACGCUAGCCAAUCAGCAAAAUAUCGACGAUGAUGAUAUUUUCCUAGAAAAUGGUCUUCUAAGCUACGAGAAUCCGAACUACCACAUGGACCCACAGCGUAUGGAGCGGAACUCGCACCUGUACGAGGAAAUCAUCUCGGAGCUGCAACAGCAGGGCACCCUUCGGCCGAUUGCAGGUGUCCAGAAUGGAACGCAAAUGAUCGGCAGCAACAGAAAAGGGUACGGUGUGCUUGGCCUGGACACGAUGGGCGUAGAUCUGAAGGACAACCCGGCGGAUGCCAGUUCACCGAAGGAGAAGAAAAGUUUGCUGGGUGACACAUCGCCGAACGAGUCCAAAACACAGAAAGACCAGGAACCGGAGCACGGCGAAAAGGCACAGGAAAUCCAGCACAUCCCUGGCACGCUCAACUCGGACGAUCUUUACGCGCUGCCCAACAAACGGAAACAACAGGAAGCCGUCGGCGAAGUGCCAUCGGAGGAGGACGACGACGAGGAGGAGGCGGCCGACAAGGACAAGAAUGGUCGGCGUGAGGAUAUCGACGCUAUCGAGGAUAAGGACAAGACGAAAGAUUUACCACCGGGCUGGGAGAAGCACGAAGACAACAGCGGGCCGUACUACUGGCACAUCAAGUCGGGGACUAUCCAGCGUGAGCCGCCCGUGUGGCCGAAGGAUGCUAGCUACCGGGAGCUGAAGACACCUAGCAUUCCGAUACCGAAAAGUAUACAGAACUCGUCCUUCACCCAAGCCUUGAACAGUCUGUACGGGGCCAAGGAUGGCAGUGGCACCAGUGGUGGCGGCGGUGGCGGUAACUCCACCAAGUCCGCCCUCUACGAUAGCAUGACUUCAUCGGUCACCAGAAGUAGCACUAGUUCGGCGCUGGAUCAAGAAGACGAACGACGCAGGCGAGAAGACGUAGCACUGAAACGACGAAGUUUUCCACUGAAAUCCGACACCGAUCGCCCGAUACGAUUUGCCGUCCGGUCGCUCGGCUGGGUCGAAAUUGCCGAGGAAGACCUAACACCGGAACGGUCGUCGAAAGCCGUCAACAAAUGCAUCGUCGACCUGUCGCUCGGCCGCAACGACAUGCUGGACGUCGUCGGUCGAUGGGGUGAUGGCAAGGAUUUAUUCAUGGACCUGGACGAAGGCGCUCUGAAGCUGAUAGAUCCGGAAAAUUUGACAAUACUAAACUCGCAGCCGAUCCACACGAUACGUGUGUGGGGCGUUGGGCGUGACAAUGGCCGUGAAAGAGAUUUUGCUUACGUGGCUCGCGAUCGUCUCACCAGAAUUCAUAUGUGUCACGUGUUUCGCUGCGAAACUGCUGCCAGGACGAUUGCAAACACGCUCAGAGAUAUUUGUAAGCGAAUAAUGAUCGAACGUUCCCUCCAACUCGACACAAACGGAUCCACCCUGAGCAGCACCCGGUGCGCUAUACGUCCGACGGAUCUACCGACUGAGAACCGGCGAUGGAUACGACAUCCACAAUCUUUCCCCACUCCGAUGGAAGAACCAAAGAAAGUAUUACGGGCGCAGUACGUUGGCUGUGCCGAAGUAAGCCAUCCGACUGGUAUCGAGGUGCUAAAUGACGCUAUCGAUAAGCUGACCAGUACGCCGGCGGAAUCCUGGGACUACGUCAACGUAUCGGUGGCGCCGAGUAUGAUUAGUGUUAACACAUCGGAUAUUGAGGGACGAUUGCUGUGUGAGUGCCGCGUACGGUACUUGAGUUUCCUGGGUAUUGGAAAAAACGCUCAGCAGUGCGCAUUCAUCAUGCACACCGCGCAGGACAAGUUCGUCGCACACGUGUUCUAUUGCGAGCCAACUAGCGGGCCCCUCUGCAAGACGAUAGAGGCCGCGUGCAAGCUACGGUACCAAAAAUGCUUGGACGCACACCCGGAAGGUGGCGGUCGCUACUCGGCCGAUUCGCACACGCCCGGAAAGGGAAUCGGUGCCACGUUAAAAAACUUGAUGAGCUCGUUCUCGCUAAAAAAGGAUAAGGCCAGUUCCUGAGAACGAGCCAGAUCUCUGCAGGAAAUCUGGCCACUUCCUCCAGAGAGGGAAGUCAUUCCGCACCGACAUCUACAGUCGCCGCUGAUAAGCAAGCGGAUAUUUGAGCAUCCCAACAGUCCGUAGCAUUUAAUGCUGCCAGUAGCCUGGCAGAAGAUAA